AUGUCAACUACGACAACAAAACGUCAUCCACAUGUACAGAUCUUAGAUCAAAACAAAGACGCCCGAAAAGAAUUUAUGCUCAUAGUUAGAGAACAGCAAUAUGGAGUGCAAAUGUUUGAGAAACAACGACGAGCAAGACCCAAUCCGAAAUUAAGUCCACCGGAAACAAAACAACAAUGGACUGUAGCAUUUGCUAUGAUCAAAAAGAUAUUUUCUGGAAUAUUUUAA